GAGAACAAAAGUGCAUGCAAGGACACAGACAUGAGAAAGCUCAGCACAAUGUUAAGGUCUUGGUCUUCAGCGUGUUUCCUUGGGAGAAAUAUUCAAGUUCCCUGUAGCUGCAUCUUCAUCCAUAAAAUGAAGGUAAUCCAGAGGUCCGUGGGGCCAGCCAGCCUGAGCCUGCUCACCUUCAAAGUCUACGCAGCUCCAAAAAAGGACUCGCCCAACAAAAAUGCCAUGAAGGUUGAUGAGCUUUCACUCUACUCAAUUCCUGAGGGGCAAUCCAAAUAUGUGGAGGAGCCAAGGACCCAACUUGAAGAAAGCAUCUCACGGCUUCGACAUCACUGCGAGCCAUAUACAAGUUGGUGUCAGGAAAUGUACUCCCAAGCUAAGCCCAAGAUGCAGAAUUUGGUUCAAUGGGGGUUAGACAGCUAUGAAUAUCUCCAAAAUGCACCUCCUGGAUUUUUUCCAAGACUUGGUGUUAUUGGUUUUGCUGGCCUUGUUGGACUCCUUUUGGCUAGAGGUUCAAAAGUAAAGAAGCUGGUGUACCCACCUGGUUUCAUGGGAUUAGCUGCCUCUAUCUAUUAUCCACAACAAGCCAUUACAUUUGCCCAGGUCAGUGGAGAGAAAUUAUAUGACUGGGGUUUACGAGGAUACAUAGUCAUGGAAGAUUUGUGGAAGGAGAACUUUCAAAAGACAGGAAAUGUGAAGAAUUCACCCGGAAAUAAGUAGAAAACUUCAUGUCUGCUCAUUUUAAUCAGUUAUAGGUAAAAAUUGGAAAGUUCUACAGUAAAUCAGUAUUUCUACAGAAACAUGGUAAAGAAGUCAUUAUUGACUGUAGUAAAUGGCUUUCUUCAGGAACAACUGUGCCAGGCCUCUUUGUUAUCUUGGAUGACACCAUACUACAAGUGGACUAAUCUGAAAUCCUUUCACCUAAAAAUAAUACAAGCCUUAGAACUCCUUGAUCUCAUGUUGCUAUUUAUGUACAUAAUUAAAAUCUAAGUGAA